CUUUUUUCUCAAGGUUAAGUCUUGUUUGGGCAAAAAAAAGGAAGCACGAGAUGGGGAGGAAAGGGGGAGAAGUGUUGAAGGCGUUGGACGGGGCGAAGACGCAGAUGUACCAUUUCACGGCCAUAGUGAUAGCCGGUAUGGGAUUCUUCACGGACACCUACGACCUCUUCAGUAUAUCUCUCAUCACUAAGCUCCUCGGCCGCAUCUAUUACCAUGUCGACGGUUCCAAGAAAACUGGCACUCUCCCUCCCAAUGUCGCUGCCGCCGUCAAUGGUGUCGCCUUCUGCGGCACCCUCGCAGGCCAACUCUUUUUCGGGUGGCUCGGUGACAAGCUCGGCCGCAAGAAAAUCUACGGCAUCACACUGAUGCUGAUGAUGGGGUGCUCACUCUGUUCGGGACUGUCGUUCGGACACUCGGCAAAGGGCGUGAUGGCUACGCUCUGCUUCUUCAGGUUCUGGCUGGGGUUCGGCAUCGGCGGGGAUUACCCCCUCUCCGCCACCAUCAUGUCCGAAUACGCCAACAAGAAGACACGUGGCGCGUUCAUUGCGGCCGUCUUCGCCAUGCAGGGCUUCGGCAUCCUCGCCGGAGGCAUCGUGGCUCUGAUCGUGUCGAGCGCGUUUGACCACGCGUUCGAUGCCCCGCCCUACGAGGCCGACCCUGUGGGAUCGACCGUGUCCGAGGCCGACUACGUGUGGAGGAUCGUGCUCAUGUUCGGGGCUUUUCCCGCGUUGAUGACGUACUACUGGCGGAUGAAGAUGCCGGAAACUGCUCGGUAUACCGCUCUCGUUGCCCGGAAUACCAGACAGGCCGCUCGCGACAUGUCCAAGGUGCUUCAUGUGGAUCUGGUAGAAGAAGAAGACAAGGAAGGAGAAGCAGUGUCGUCGUCUUCAUCAUCAAACCCUAAUUCCUUCGGUCUCUUCUCCAGAGAAUUCGCUCGCCGUCAUGGCCUCCACCUUGUCGGCACCACCACUACAUGGUUCCUCCUCGAUAUCGCCUACUAUAGCAACAACCUCUUCCAGAAGGACAUCUACUCCGCCAUCGGAUGGAUUCCCGCCGCUGAAACCAUGAACGCCAUCCACGAGGUCUUCGUAGUUGCUAGAGCCCAAACCUUAAUCGCGCUCUGCGGCACCGUCCCUGGUUACUGGUUCACCGUCGCAUUCAUCGAUCGUCUCGGCCGAUUCUUCAUCCAAUUGAUGGGAUUCGUCUUCAUGACCAUUUUCAUGUUCGCUCUCGCUAUCCCUUACGAUCACUGGAGGCACAAGGAUAAUCGAAUUGGGUUCCUGAUCAUGUAUUCCCUGACGAUGUUCUUCGCGAAUUUCGGGCCGAACGCGACGACGUUUGUGGUUCCGGCGGAGAUUUUCCCGGCGAGGCUACGAUCAACGUGCCACGGGAUCUCAGCGGCGGCGGGGAAGACCGGAGCGAUCGUCGGAGUGUUCGGAUUUCUGUAUGCGGCGCAGAGCACGGACCCGAAGAAGACUGAUGCUGGUUAUCCUCCGGGCGGAGUCAGAUAAUUUCUUUAACCGGUUAAAGAGCGUACCGGUUCGGUCCAGUAAACCGAGGAUCUGUCAGUUCAGUCACCGGUACGAUGAUCCAGAGAAGCUUAGUUGUUAAAAAUUAAAUUAAACAAAAAAUAGUUUACAUCUCGUAAAACA